AAAUAGUCUCACACUAAAAAGUCUUACCUACUGUCAAAUAGAAUAAUAUGCCGUCCACGAGCUCAUGUGUUGAAUUCUGCUUCGUUCAAUAUCACUUGUAUAAAAAAAAAUUACUUGCGUUACGGAUUUGUUCAAUAUCGCCUCUAAUCUCAACAUACACUUGGACUAAACAAUCAUAUAUUGAGUAUAAAGAGCAGAUCAGGUAGCAAUAUUUUACAAUCCAAAGCAACACUAAGUGAAGAAAAAUGGAUUCCCCAAAUGUUGAACGAAUUUCAGAGUGCUUUGUCCAGCCACACCAUGCUUCUGAAGAGUCAGAUAAGCCCUUCUACUUGACACCAGGUGAUCUUGCCAUGCUCUCUGUACACCAUAUCCAAAAAGGACUUCUGUUUUACAAGCCUCCAGAAGCUAAACGGGAUCCGAAAAACUUCACCGAUUCUCUGUUGGAAAGGCUCAAGCAGUCUCUUUCCGUUGCGCUUGGUCAUUUCUACCCGCUUACAGGUCGCUUGGUUACCAAGAAAUCUGAGGACCCGGCUUUGUAUUUGGUGUACGUGGAUUUCAACAACAGCCCUGGGGCCAAAUUCAUAUAUGCAACUCUGGACAUGUCAAUCCCUGACAUUCUUUCACCGACUGAUGUCCCGUUGGUGGUCCAAUCGUUCUUCGAUCAUGACAGGGUAUUAGACCAUGACGGGCACACCAUGUCUUUGCUGACGAUUCAGGUCACGGAACUUGUGGAUGGAAUCGUCAUAGGGCCUUCCUUGAAUCACUGCCUUGGUGAUGGAACCUCGUUCUGGCAUUUCUUCAACAUUUGCGUGGAUGCAAAUUUCCGCCUUCUCCUUCUUGAACAAAAUUGCACCUACAAAACAAUUAACACUUUAGGUGAAUCCCGUUUGGUUGCGAAUAAUAGAGCAAGAAUAAACCCACCGUUGUCUGGAGAAUAUUGUGGGAACUCAAUUUACCCCGUUAUAUCAGAAACUGUUGCAGCAGGUGAGUUGCUUGAACAUGGGUUUGGAUGGGCGGCAUGGAAGUUGCACGAGGCGGUGGUUAACCACAAUGACAAGGUGAUACGAGAGCUUCUUGAUGCGUGGCUGAAGUCUCCUGCUGUGUACCAAGUGAGCUAUUUUGAUCCAUUCAGUAUUAUGAUGGGGGGUUCACCAAGAUUCAACAUGUAUGGAAAUGAAUUUGGAAUGGGAAAAGGGAUAGCACUUUGAAGCGGAUACUCAACCAAGUUUAGUGGCAAAGUGUCAUCGUAUGAAGGACGCGAAAAAGGAAGCAUAGACUUGGAGGUGUGUCUUCCACCUGAAGCAAUGAGUGCUCUUGAAUGUGACAAGGAGUUCAUGGAAACUGCCUCCGUAUCGCAGUAUUAGUUAUAUGGCUUGUUCAUCUGCAAAAUUUGUGUGCUGCAAAUUAAGGAUCACGCCAUUUCAACAAUUUUAAUGUAGAGUUACACAAUAGCAUCAAUAUGCUUAU